AUGGCCAACAAAGGGCCGACCUCCGCUGGAGGACCCCCGCAACUUCCCACCCUGCACGUGGGACAAAAAAUACUAUACGGCCCGUUCAGCGUGACGGUGACGGAGUCUAUGGUGAGCAAGCGCGAGCUCGAAAACCAAAAAUUGGCCAGGCGGUGGGAGCGCGAGCAGAUCCGCAGGGCCAGAAUGGCCGAGAUGGUCGAAGAGAACUACGCGGGCGAGUUCAAGGUGUUCAACGUGCGCCGGAGGUUCAUCCGCAGGGUCUUCUCCAUCCUCAUGCUCCAACUGAUCUUCACGGCCAUCGUCAUCGCCGUCUUUUACUUCGUGGAGGACGCGAGGAAUUUUAUGACCAACAAUGCCCACUUGCUCAUAUUGGCGGGCAUCGUGUUUUUUUUGUCGUACCUGUCGAUAUCGCUGAGCAGCUGUGCCAGGCGGGAUCCGCCUCUCAACGUGGUAUGCCUGACUUUGAUGACCGUGUCGGACGCUUAUUUGAUGGCCGCGCUGACCACUUUUUAUUCCACCGAUGUGGUUUUGACGACGGUGGGCGUCACAACUCUCAUCACGACCGUCAUAUUUUUCACCGCUGCCUGUACUAAGUUUCAGUUUGAUCUGACAGCUCACACCGGGCUCAUGUUGAUUGUCUCCCUAGUAUUUUUUUGUGCAAUCAUUGGAGGAAUAUUCAUUGCUGCCUUGCAAACUCCAGCAGUAGAGGUCGCGAUCACUAUCCUUGGGUCAUUUGUAAUAUCGAUGUUUUUAUUUUUCGAUGUGCAAACGAUGAUGGGAGGCAAACACGUCGAAUUAAAUCCCGAUGAAGUUAUUUAUGCAGCAAGUCAGAUUUACGUUGACGUUUUGAUGCUGUACAGAUACUCGCUGAUGUUGAUGGAAUAUGCCCAGAGUUGA